UCCGCGAAGAGCGCUCCGACGCGGAGGACGUGGGAAAGAUCGAUUCGCCGUCGCAGAGCGGUUCUCACUCCGUUUCGGUUCUGCGACAAGACCGGCACACGACCGGUGAGAAACCGGCUCCGAAAGAUCGCCGCAGAUGCGGACACGCCGAAACUCGUCCUUGGAAAGAUCUCACGCGGACCGUCCGAUUGAUGAGACACUGACGAUGAGAGGUCGGUUUGGCGCGUUUCUCCGAUUUUUCCGAAUAGUCGGAGCGAUGUGAAACAUGUCACAAAUUAGUGGUGAUUCGAAGGAUUAAAGAUCACGAUUUACCGAAUAUAAACUGUAAAACUCUAACCGUGCGUCUGAUAUUUAAAUGUACUUUUUAACGAGAAGUUUGAGUGGUCCGUGUCGAUCGAUCGUUAUAUCGAACGGUACGGAGAUUCGCGGUGAACGCUGUUGAGAAAGAUCGCACGGACAACGGUUCCUCGGCCACUCCGCAUUCUUCUGCUCGUAAAGGAGACAAGUCGCCUGCGCCGGGUAACCGGUCGUCGUCGCGAUCGAUCUCUCGUCACCCCUCGGAUCGAUGCAAAUCUUUGCCGGAGGUCGUCGAACUCGGUGUUAACGGCGACCUUGGGGUACGCCCAAAAAUUGAGAGUCCUCGCGGAAGCGCGGGCGCGUGCGAAGGACGAGAUGCGCCAUUUUCGAGAACCGAUGCAGGGAGGUGAACGAUCCUCGGAGCGUUUUGCCGCAGACCGGUAAUGGGAUACCAGAGGUGACGGCAAGAUGAACGGUCACGGAUCCACCAAUGAGGGCGCGCGGUUCCGAGACACCUCGCAGCAAAUCCAUAAACAAUGGCAAGCCGAUCCAACGAGGGCAUUUCCAACCGUCGGCGGCGUCACUGCAAAUUCGCCUUCGCCUGCAUCGGGAGAGCUCUCCACGCCAAAUUCCACUCCCAGCCCCAGCCCUAGUCCGACUAAUCAACAAAUCACGCACAAUGGAGGCUACGAAUCACAACCGAAAAAUGUUAACAACAUUACGAGGAAUAAGCAACAAGUGCAGACAUCAGCAAUGGUGUCAACACCUGCAAGGACGCCAGGCGUCGGCGCGGAUUCAACGAUGACGGGACCGGGAAAGGGCGGAGGUCGCGUGACGGAGGUGAUGGAGCUGUGUUACGUCACCGAGAGGAUCAUCGCCCUUUGGUAUAGAGAGGAUGCGCAGGGUGUCCUCGAACAUGCCACAACCCUUCUACGCGGGAAACAUGCCGAUAAUUACAUGAUCUUUAAUUUGUCAUCGCCUGGUCGACCCGGCGAGCCGAAUACGAGGGAAGCUGGAUGGCCGCAGGGAUUAGCACCAAGUUUGGAGAGACUGUGCGCUCUCUGCAAGGAGCUGGACUCCUGGCUAAAUGGCGCUUCUAAUCGCGUCGUUGUUUUACAUGCCAGGGGCAGCAAGGAGCGGUUGGGUGUGGCAGUGUCCGCUUAUAUGAACUACAGCAGCAUCUGCGGGGGACGUGAUCAAGCAUUAGACAGGUUCGCUAUGAGAAGGUUCCUCGACGACAAGAUCGGAUCGCUGCAGGUUCCAUCACAUCGAAGAUACAUCGAGUACUUUAGCGGACUGUUGUCAGGCUCUCUAAGGAUCAGCCAGUCGCCAUUGUACCUGACCCACCUGACAGUUCUCGGAGUGCCGCUCUUUGAGCCGACGGGCUGUCGAGCCUUUCUUAAAGUAUACGAAGGACUUACACCGGUUUACACUUCGGAUCUCUACUCGGUGACGAAUGCGCGUGAAUUUACUGUUAAUCUUGGCGGGCUUCGACUGAGGGGUGAUAUCUUGGUCAAGUGUUACCAUAGGGUAUACUCAAAGCAAACUCGAGAAGUUAUGUUUUCCCUUCAGUUUCACACGUGUGUAAUUACGGAGAACGUCGUGUCCUUCCCGCGAUCGGAGCUCGACGUUGCCUGCGAUGAUCCUCGAUGCCCGCCUGACAGUGUGGUGACACUUUACUUCGCCACCGACGCGAAACGUCAGGACGGCCCAGUUCCAGCGCCGACACCCGCCGUGCCGCAUGCAUCAGCGCAUCACGAUCCCAUCCUACAUUGGGACAGCUACACGAAUCUCGAAAUCAGCGACGACGAAGGCCGUGAGACCCCAUUGUCACCACCACCUCCUUCGAGUUCUUCAGUUCAGACUUCACCUCGUGGCUUAGGCUAUACUUGUGGUCCUAUAGAUGGAUCCUUGUACGCAGUGGUACAUCAGGGUGCUGCAGGAGGUGCUCGCGGCUCACCAUUGACGGUUUCUAUGGACAGUGGCAUCAGUAGUGCACCGCCACAGAGACCUAGCCCACCAGAACCCGAGCCGGAAAAUCAAGCUCACGGAGAUCUCGACAAGCUUCUUCAUGAUAUGAUGCUUACUGUCGAGUCUAUGCCAGAUCCUCCGACAGAUGACUACAAUCGCGAUCGAAGUGAGAAAAUGUACAUCCAAGAAACGCGUAGCUACAGCAGUCACGGCAGCAGCCAUCCAACGUCUACUUAUUCUACUUUGAAGGACUCUUACAGGAGCUACGGGGCCGGCAAGGAAUCAAGUCCACCUUACAAUUCGAGCAGCAGCUACAGCACUCUGAAAAACGAGUACAGAGAUUCGUCGAAGAGCAUCGAGCAUCGAGAUUUUGACUAUCGCAUGUCUCUGGAUCGAAAGAUAUCCGAAUCUUCCAACGACUCCUAUAGGAAACACACGGAUUCCUUCUCGCCGCCUGGCAAUAUUGAUUUCAUUGACGAGGACAUUCCGUAUCACGCUAGGCAGACCAGCCAACCGUUCUCGUACGGCGCCACCACCGAUAUGAUAAAGCAUCAGAAGCUAUCGUCGCCUUCGUUAGUGAGAAAGGCGUCUGCACGAGGUGUGGCACCUGUUGUAGAUUUCGAGGACAUUCUUGGCGAGAAUUCUCGGAGACCCAUCAGUCCCCUCAGUCCCAAUACUCCAGAUCCACCGCCAGAAUUCGCAAAUGGGCCCAUAAAGAGUGGAACUGAUCACAUCGAUGGGUUGUCGUGGCUGAGACAGCAGCAAUUGAAACUCGCUGCUAGGAGAGAUGAAAGGAGCCCUGGCAAGCUUUGGCGACAAGAAACCGGAAACCGUGUCAUCGGUGAACUUAGGAGCUUGCAAAGAGGAAGAUUGAGACACGAUGGUUACGCAAGCGAUUCGGCAGUUCUUGACGAUGAUGACGAUGUAUGGGCAGUAAAUUCCGCUUCUGGACAGCCGUCGUCGAGAGCUGUUUCGUACACCUCCGCACCAGCUAGUCCUCUACUUCCGCAGAGAUCGAGCAGCCGGAAAUAUAACGGCAGUGCCGGAAACGGCGUUCUCGGCAGACCACGAGCGGAGAGUAUGAACGAACGACCGUUUGUUUCUGUAAAACGUGCCUACGAGUACCGCAAAUACGAUAGUCAGCCGCACAAUGAUUCGGUGUCAUCGUGGACUGAGAGAAGUGUCAGUCCCGGAAGCGCGGUCGUCAGCGGCGCUUCGCGACCGCAGACGCCGGCGUUUCCGGUACAUCCGCGGACGCCAUACGUCAAUAACGCAUCACCAACGGUGACGUUCGCCAGCGAUCGCACUUACAUGACGUCCAAUAACAGCUACAACGUUAGCAACAACAACAACAACGACGCUAGCGGCAACAAUAACAAUAAUGUCGGGAACUACGGCGCCGAACGAACGAUAUAUAUCGAAGAACGAAGAGAAGUCUCGAAGGAGACAGGACUUCCACCCAAGAGUCCGACAACACAGCGACGCUUGAGUUUCCCGGCAAGCGGGCCGCUUAAACAAAUGCAUAACAAACGAUGGCCGCUCACUAACCAAUCGGCGUCGUUCGACUAUAGUAAGGACCGAUCUGUUUCUCCUGUAAGCGAAUCGACGGUGUCACAGCCUCAGGCUGUUUCGCGCAGUCCUGGAACACCAACUCAUGUAGAAUUCGCCCAAAGUCCCAAGAGUGCUACGUCAUAUACAUCGAUCAAUAGUGGUGGUCAAUCUUCACCACAGGUCCAAUAUUAUGGCUCGAGACGCUCUAGCGUUCAUUCAAAUACAGAGCCCCAGGAGGUGGCCGACGCUAAUGUUAAAUUCGUACGCGACACCAGCAAAAUCUGGUACAAACCCAAUAUAUCGCGAGAGCAAGCAAUCUCGAUGUUAAGGGACGCAACACCCGGUACAUUUGUGGUGCGAGACAGCAAUUCAUUUCCGGGUGCCUUUGGUCUAGCAUUGAAAGUGGCUACGCCACCUCCUGGUGCGCCUAGCAGUCCGCGAGAUCCUUCGAGCGAGCUUGUGAGGCACUUCUUGAUCGAGCCAACAUCACGCGGAGUAAGACUAAAGGGAUGCGCGAAUGAACCAGUCUUCAGUUCACUAUCGGCAUUGGUUUACCAGCAUAGUUUGAUGGCCAUGGCGUUACCUUGCCAACUGCUGCUACCUGAACCAGAAGCAGCCGCCAGAGCUUUAGACUCGCCUGGUACUAAUAGCACUCAGCAACUUCUCGCUCAGGGCGCAGCUUGUAACGUUUUGUAUCUUUUCACAAUUGACACGGAAUCUUUAACCGGACCACAGGCCAUCAAAAAAGCUAUUACCAAUUUAUUCGAGCAGAAGCCGCUGCCGGUUGCCACGAUCGUUCAUUUCAAAGUUUCCACGCAGGGCAUUACUUUGACUGAUAAUGCAAGAAAGCUAUUUUUCCGUCGACAUUAUCCUACAAAUAACAUAAGUUAUUGCGGAUUGGACACUGAAGAACGUACGUGGGAGUUUACCAGUGAAGAUACUGGAAGACCACUUAGCGCUCAUCGCUGUUUUGGUUUUGUGGCAAGAAAACCCGCUCACAAAUCGGACAAUCAAUGCCACGUGUUCGCCGAACUAGAACCAGAGCAACCCGCCACAGCCAUUGUAAAUUUCGUAAACAAAGUCAUGAUGGGAAACUCCAUUGCUAAGGCUAACAUUGUCUAAGAAUUGCUAUUCGCUCGCCACAACUGUUAAAAUUAACGGGCACAAACAUCAUCGUGAAUUCGUUAACGGUCUCGCCUUUAAGGUUGAUACCGACACAUAUCUUUAGCGCAACAAAAUGCAAAGUCCAAUUAAGGGUCAAAAUGACACUGAGAAGUUGGGGAUAACGGAACGGAAUGAUCAAUAUAAUCGAUUAAUAAAAUCAUUGUUCCGCUGACACGCGGAGAAUACACGCGGAUCCUUCCAAAGGAUUCGCUGAAAAUGGCUGCAUUAAUCAUUAUCAUUAAUUCGUAAUAAAUCUCCGUGCAUUUCGUAGCGUUAAAUCAGUAGGACAUCCAUUUGCAAACAGUUGGAACGACAUAAUAAUCAGUAACGCUAGGAAGAGAUCGAGGAAGAGAUCGCUCUCUUUGGAAGAGAACGAGAGGAGAACGAGAGGCGAUAAGUGAAUCGAUUCCAUCCUCGCGUCAAUAUGCUGUCAGAAUAAGAAAGUUGUUGUUAUGAUUACCGUUACUGUUGUGAUUUAACGUAGCGAAUAGUAAAGAUAUAAUGGAUUGUGUAAGAAGGGUAAGGUGGUCGAAUAACUGCAUUGGUAAAAUAUCAUACACAUAUAUAAUAACGUAUUUAAUUCGUUUUAUUAAAGAAAUUAUUAAAAUUAUGACUAUUAUAUGCGUGUAUUCUUGUUGAUGAACAAAAUAUUAUAAAUUAGUG